AGAAGAAAAACUUGAAAUGGCAUCCUCUGUGGUCCAGAACCUUCUGAAAUCCUACGGUCCAAAACCGCGGGUGAGAAACGGGUUCUUCUUUUUCCUCUCUCUCUCUCUCUAGGCAGGGCACCUCAAGUCAUCAACCUGUGCUUCUAUAUGACGGGACGGGCUGCAUUCCUAAAUAUCUAGACAACAAGCGAAGGAAACAAAUUGCAGAGAGAGGAGAGAGGAGAGAGGAGAGAGGAGCCAUGGAACCAGCAACACUUGGGAAGUCUCUGGCGGUGCCCUGCGUUCAGGAGCUGGCAAAGGAGUCACCGGCCACUGUCCCAGCAAGAUACUUGCGUCUUGAUCAAGACCCUCCAAUAAUAAACAACAAUGAGAUGGCUUCCUUGCCCCAAAUCCCUGUAAUUGACAUGCAAAGAUUAGUUUCUGGAGAACAAAUGGAUAUAGAGCUGGAUAAAAUGGACCGUGCAUGCAAGGAAUGGGGUGGGGUUUCUUCCAGUUGAUAAAUCAUGGAGUGGAUGAUUCAUUGGUUAACGAAGUGAAGGAAGGGAUUCAAGAGCUGUUCAACCUACCAAUGGAGGAGAAGAGAAAGUAUUGGCAAAGACCAGAAGAAAUGGAGGGAUUUGGACAAGCUUUCGUAGUGUCUGAGGAGCAGAAGCUUGAUUGGGGAGAUAUUUUCUACAUGAUCACUCUUCCAAAGCAUGAGAGGAAACCCCAUUUAUUCCCCAUGCUUCCUCAACCCCUCAGGUCCUCUCUAGCCCUUUCUCGUUUCCACAGUUCCUUAUCUAAGAGA